AUGGCUUGGGGCUGGGAUGAAUCCGAGAAGGCGCACCGGGAGGUGUACAAUGGUGAACAGCACCACGAGGGCAAGUUCUCUCACGAGUUCGCUGCCGGUGCUGCUUCCUUUGCCGCUAUGAAGGCCUACGAGGACCACGAGCGCAAGGAGGGCAAACCAGUCAGCCACGCCUUUGCCAAGGAGCUUAUCGCCGGAAUCGUCGGCGGCGAGGUCGACAAGCUCGCCGAGACCAAGGGAAUGGAUUGGUUUGAUCGUGAGAAGGCUCACCGUCACGCCAAGCAGAAUGCUGAGCAUAUGUACGAGGAGCGUUACGAACGUGGCAACUAUUAG